AUGCCCUUGGCCAAGCCGAUCCGCACGGACCGAAGGAAACGGCAUGCAGCGAACGCACGAGACCGCGUCGUCAAGCUGAAAGGGGACAUCUUCCACUCCACAGCCAUCCUCUGCGAAUUCCUCUACUAUGCCUUCAACGCCAUCCUCGGCCUGCGAGAAGUUUACCCCAAGCAAGACUUCAAGUGGGAAAAGCGCUAUGACAUCCAUCUGCCCAUGUUGAUCGAUCCUGACUUGAAAGGCUAUCUGACCAGAGUUACCACCCAGUUGAAGCCUUGGUUGGAGACGAAAAGCGUGACGCGGAUCGUCCUGGCGCUAGUUUCCAAAGAGACGCGCGAAACGGUGGAAAGAUGGCAAUUCGACGUGCGCACGACGGCUGAACAAGCAGCCCACGAGGCCGCCCCGCAAGCCGCCCCAGCCGCAGCCGACCAGGCCCAGUUCGAGCCGGUUGCACGGUCGGACCAUGAUAUGCAGGCAGAGGCCUUGCAGAUCUUCCGGCAGAUCUUUUCGUCGGUCACCUUCAUGCCCGCACUGGAACCUGAUCAAUGCCUCUUCACGAUCCUGAGUUAUGUUGAUAAGGCAGCCGAAGUGCCUGCUGGGUGGAAUCAAAGCGACCCUUAUGUUAUUUCUGCGACUGCUGAUCAGGUGAAGCCCCUGGAUCCUAACUCUCAUCAAUGA